AUGACAGAUCCACACCCAGAGGCUGCAGGGGUCAAUGACGCCUCUCUCGUGGUCGAGUUAAACGUGGGCGGGGUCUACUACAGUACCUGUCUGGGGACCCUGCUAAAGGAGGCGACGAGUCAUCUGGCCAGUUUGUUCUCUGAGGCCAACAGACACAGGGCGGUCAGGGACAACAAGGGAAAGUACUUCAUCGAUAGGGACGGUGUUCUGUUCAGGUACGUGCUGGACUAUCUCAGAAACCUACAGCUGGUGUUGCCAGAGAAUUUUCACGAGAAAGAAAGACUUCGCCAGGAAGCCGAAUUUUUCAAUCUUCCAAACUUGGUAAGAAUCAUCAGCGCCUACCCGGCUACCACACAGAGUACAAACUCCAGCCCGGCCAGAACGCCGGUCAGCGAAAGAGGACCUGGCUACAUCACAGUCGGCUACCGGGGCACUUUUGCUUUCGGCAGGGACGGUCUCGCGGAUGUCAAAUUCCGCAAACUGAGCCGGAUUAUCAUCUGCGGCAAGGUGUCGCUGUGCCGAGAGGUAUUUAAGAACACGCUGAACGAAAGUCGGGACCCGGACAGAGGUGACUGCGACCGCUACACCAGCCGUUUUUUCCUGAAGCAUUCAUUCUUGGAGCAGGCUUUUGACAUGCUCCAGGAGGAGGGAUUUUCCUUGGUGGGCAGCUGUGGUUCUGGGACUAACAAUGCUGGCGACAUCAAAGCGGGGCUGGACACAGAAGAGGCCAAAUGGCAGCAUUAUAACGAGUUUAUAUUCGAGCGGCGCUGA